UUUCCUAUCAAUUUCCUUUUUUAUCCUCUAAUUUUAUUUUUUAUUUUUUUCUGUUUUAUUUUUUGGUGAGGAAAGAAUGAGAGCAACUAGUGCUGAACAUUUGUUUGAAUACACACAGCAGUUUAAACACUGGUGAAAUGUAUUUAUUGGUUAAAAAAAUCUGUAAAACUCUAAAUAAAUUUGAUUAAUUUGUUUUUUUUUCUUUUUAGCUUUAACUUUGGAAGCUGCUUUUAAGUUGAUACACCCGGAAAUUGCUUGUCACGGCGUCGGAAGUCGAGACUUCAAUUUAAAGUUUUCGUUUCUCUUCGCUGUUUUCACUCUUAUUUUGAAAGUCUUGAAUUUGGCCCCUCAUGAAACACAAGCGCUUAUAUUUGGACUUUUUAAAAGUUAAAAUCUUUAAAAGCUGUGAAAAUUUUAAACUAACGGCGUAUAUAAAUAGUUGUAUAUUAUAAUAUAUAUAAAAUAUUUAUAAUAUUUAUAAAAUAAUGGUUUCGUUUUAUCGAGUAAUUUAUAGUUCAGUGACACAUUUCCCGUGUCUAUAUUUCCAUUUGACUCCAGUCGGUGGUAUUUUGGUGAGGGACCUCCCACGCUGAACUCCACUUCCGGUCGGCGUUUUUUUUUUUUAAAGAUGGCCUCACGCGCUCAGGAGGUGGCUCUGCUGGGUCUGUGUGACGGAGAGAUCGAGUCCAAGAAGCAACGAUGCUCCUAUCUGACCAACAAAGUGGGGGGUCGGCCGGACUGGCCGCCGGGCAUCGCUGCACGUUCACCGCGAUGCGGCCGCUGCAGAGUCCCGCUAGUCCACGUGGUGCAGGUGUACUGCCCCGUGGACACGUCUCCGUACCACAGGAACCUCCACCUCUUCGCGUGCCCGGGAGCUGAGUGCAGCGGUCGGUCAGAGUGCUGGGCGGUGCUCCGCUCACAGUGCCUGGAGGCAGAGGUGCGGACACCCGGGCCGCCUGCACUGGCUCGGGAGGCUCCUCUGCGGGUCACUGACUGGUGUGACACCGCUGACGACUGGGGGAUGGGGGGAGAGGAAGAUGAUGAUGGAUGGGGAGGAGGUGCGAAGCAGAACACACCUGUGAAGGAGGAGACAGGAGCUCCAGAGGCAGCAGUCGGUGAGACAGACAUCAGCAGCCGCCUUUGUGACCUCAGUCUGGGGGACUUGCAGGAGGACGUGUCCACCUUCCGUCCAUUCUUCAUCAGCGUGGUUGAGGAGACGGAUGUGUGCGGGGAGGACAGCGACCUGGAGCACGCUCAGGACCUGCUGAGGGAGUACGAGAGGCGAGAGGGCGUGGCGGUGGGAGAGUUGGAGGGAAGCGGAGGAGGCGGGGACGAGAAGUACGAGAAGACCAGAGCCCGACAUGGAGAUGCCGUCUUCUCCAGGUUCAUGAAGACGAUCUCUGUGUGUCCGCAGCAGAUCCUGCGCUACUGCCGCAGCGGGAAGCCGCUCUUCAUCUCCGAGCCGCCGUCCAAUGUGGCGCAGCUGGUGCCGGCGUGUGGCUCCUGCGGCGGCUCCCGGACAUUCGAGCUGCAGCUGAUGCCCGCGCUGGUAAGCCUGCUGCAGGGGAACGCGGGUGCGGGGGUGGAGCUGGAGUUUGGGACGGUGCUAGUCUACACCUGCACAGACAGCUGCUGGACAUCCGGGUCGGACUCGGCCGUGGAGGAAUUCUGCUUCGUUCAAACGGACCCAGACCAGCAGCUCUUUGUGUGACGGACUAACCUGAAGCUUGCCAUCACCAUCAUGAUGGGAUCACGGAUUAUUUAUACCCCGUCAUGAUGUCAGGAGAUCAAAAAUCUGAGGCGAGCUCGUGUUAAAAAAGGACCAACCAGCAGCUUUUGUUACUUUAAAGCGUUAAAGGUUUUGCCUUAAAAUAUAAAAAUAUAGAUGUGCCUUAAGCAGCUGUAAUGCUCUGCUCAGGCCCGAUGACUAAGGCCACACGAGGGCAGGACACUGAAACAUCAGCUGCUCUUAUUGGUCCUUCAGAAUUCAUUGUGGUGAACACAGGAGCUCAAUGUCACAGCUCCAAAGACGACAUCAACAUGAGUGUUAGAAAAGAUUAAAAGUCUCUGCUGCAGCUCGUUUUUUUCAAUUCAAUUCAAUUCAAUUUUAUUUAUAUAGCGCCAACAAACAAAAGUCGCCUCAAGGCGCUUUACAUUGUACAGGAGAUAGCACAAUAAUAAAUACAGAGAAAAACCCAACAAUCAUAUUUCGUCAUCUUUUCUUUUUUAAAUCUUUUACUGCUGCAAACACAGCAGCAGCUUUCUUCAUUCUUUAACUCUAAGCAGCUUCUGGUUGUUCCUGUAGAGAGGAAUAUUACCAACCGUGACCUCUGACCUCCCUGUAAUGAAACGUUGCUGUUUCAGUGCACGCGUUGGUUGUCGGGCUGUGAAAUCCUCUGAAAGAAAAAAAAGACUCGGACACACAACAAGUUUGUUUUUCAUUUUACUUCAACCUUAAACAUGUUUCUAAAACGCCGUGUCACACCA